CUCUUUGCUACUGCUCCCUAAAAUACCGUUCACCGAUCAUCGGUCAGUCCGUUUCAUCUUCCAGUCCAGUUGAGGCAGCGUAACAACAUUGACUCAAACACACAGUUCAUCUUCCAGAACACUCAAAUCAUCACUCGGCUUUUCAUAGAUGAAGAUGCAGAUGCCUUGGAAAAUAUGUGCUGGUUGUCAAUCUUGAUGUCUGCCUCAAUCUGUUUGCCAAUAGUUAUACAAAGAUACUUCAUUUUCAAAUAAGCUGUUGAGAUGGUAGUGGAAUCCAUGAGGAAACCUUCUAAGGUGCUAUCUUAGGAUGGUGUUCUUGUCCAAUUUUGAAGAUGGGUUUUGGGAAAGUGACACAUAAGGAGUGUUAGAGACUGCUUCGCACUCAGCCACCACCCACCACCCAUGUUGAGAAGGCAGAUCAUAACCCUUGUUAAGUGCCAUUAAGCAAGACAGUGGCGAACCUCUUUUUCCGUCUCUAAGAAUCAGCAACUGCCCUGAAAUAGAGGGUUUCAUUCUCCUCUACUGCACUAAAACCCUAACCAUGGAGGCUGUGGCUGAAAACGCUAGCACCAGGAGUCUCCAAUAUCCAUCCUCCCUAUCACAAUCUCACCAGUACUGCACUGACCUUGACGCUGUUGAUAUUUCCUCAUCAGCUAGACGCUUCUGUGAUAUCCUUAACAGAGCGUCACCUCACGAUGUUGAAUCUGCGCUCUCCUCUAGUGGAAUUCCACUCUCAGCAGACGUGGUCCAUGAAGUCCUCAAACUUUCUUACGAUAAUGCCUCUUCUGCUGUGGUUUUCUUUCGAUGGGUUGGAAGGGCUCUUAAGCCCACUCCUUAUGCGUGGAAUCUGAUGGUGGACUUGCUUGGCAAGAACCAGCUAUUUGAGUCCAUGUGGGAUGCAAUUCGCUCUAUGAAACAAGAGAACAUGUUGUCAAUGGCAACAUUUGCUUCUGUUUUCGGGAGUUAUUGUUCAGCUGGUAGAUUUAAUGAGGCUGUGAUGAGCUUUGAUGUUAUGGAUAGGUAUGGUAUUGAGCAAGAUAUUGUUGCGGUGAAUUCACUUUUAAGUGCAUUUUGCCGCGAGGAUAAUCAUACUCUUGAGGCAUUGGAGUUUUUUGAAAGGAUCAAGUCUAAGAUACCCCCGGAUGGUGAUACAUUUGCUAUUUUGUUGGAAGGGUGGGAGAAGGAAGGCAACGUGGCGAAAGCAAAGACUACUUUUGGUGAGAUGGUGAUAAGUAUUGGUUGGAGCAAGUUGAACAUGCCGGCUUAUGAUGCCUUUUUGACUACACUUAUACGCGGGUCUCAAGCAGAUGAGGCUGUCAAGUUCCUUCAAGUUAUGAAGGGGAAGGAUUGCUUACCAGGUUUGAAAUUUUUCUCUAAUGCUCUUGAUAUGCUUUGUAAGCAGAAUGAUUUUGUUUAUGCUGUCCCAAUGUGGGAUAUAAUGGUGGGUAGUGGGUUGGUACCGAAUUUGAUAAUGUACAAUACUAUGAUUCGGUUGCUUUGCGACAACAGUGACAUUGACAAUGCGGUUCGGUUGCUUGAUGAGAUGGUCUUUCAUGGAGCUUUUCCUGAUCUUUUUACUUAUAACAUGAUUUUUCAAUGUCUUAUAAAAAACAAGAAGGUUUGGCAAGUGGGCAAGUUCUUCUAUGAGAUGAUCAAGAAUGAAUUUCCUCCAACACAUAUUAAUUGUGCCACAGCCAUCACAGUUCUGAUGGACGGGGAUGACCCUGAAAUGGCUAUCGAGAUAUGGAACUACAUGGUUGAGAACAAUGUGAUGCCGCUUGAUGAGAGCGCAAAUGCCCUUCUUAUAGGGCUUUGUAACCUGGGUAGGUUGUCAGAGGUGAGGAGGUUUGCAGAUGAUAUGCUUGACAGAAGAAUCAAAAUAUAUGAACCAACAAUGAAAAAGUUGAAGAAUGCUUUCUAUAAGGAGGGUAGAAGUGCAAGGGACAGGUUUGAUAGCCUUUCAAGGAGAUGGGAAGCUUUCUAGAUAUGUUGCUGCGAAUUCCUGUUUUUUUUAGUCUUCUAGUAAAAAGAUUAAACUCUCCUUCUGGUAUGAAAACAUUUUUGGAAUGUGGCAGUCAUCAAUGGAAAAGAUUUUAGAUGAGCAUAACUCUUUCCUCUGCCUUCUCAUGAGCACAUCUAUUCUUCUUUUCUCAUCUGGUGUAUGCAAGUAGUGGUACCUCGAGAAUGGGAUGAUCAAAUUACUUGAUCUGGUGGAUAACCAAUCCGAUCCGAUCUGAAUGGAACAGAUAAAAUCUGCUCAAAUUUAAUGGUGGAUCGGAUAUGUAUUUAGAAAUUAAAUUCGACUCGGAUAUGGACCGAAUACAAAUAUAGCACAUAAUCCGAUGUGAGUUCGAUCUAUGAUGGGUAAUUUUGUCUUUUUCUUAUAUUUUUAAAUUGCUUAUUGUAAUUUUAGAUGUGCAGUUGCUUUUAUUUUUUCUUUUCCAUCAAUAUUUUAAUAUUUCUCUACACUUCUUUCACCCCUUUUGUAUUUGUUUUACUUUACAUGAAGCAAAAGAAUAAGAGUUGGACCAUGCAAAAAUUUUUUGCACUUCACAAUUA